ACAAACUUCCAAUGCUCACGGCCAUGGGAAUGGGAAUGGGACCUCUAAUCUAAAACCCUAGCCCUAAAACCCUUUGCUAAUACUCCAACGGACCUUGGCGAUCACCAUGACCGACGACGCCAUGAACUUGGACCAGUCCGAGCCCUCUAAGGCCCAAUCCCUCCGAACCUUAACCGCAGGCCCUUGGGCGUCGUCCGUGUCGAAGCUUUUAAGCCACUCGCGUCCAAUUCCGUCGAACAAAGACUUCCAUUUCUACCAUAAUUUCGACGAAUUCAAAGUCCCAGUCCAAGAAAUCUCGGAGAAAUCGCAGUCGAUGCUCAAAUCGAUCGGCUCAUCGGCGCGAAUUUGGGGCAAAGAAAGGGCUUUUCCGGAGGAUAUCGACGACGCGUACGAGUGGUUGGUUGACGUGAACGACGACAUCUUUGAGAGGUUCGACAUGGCGAUGGACGAGUUUCAGAAGUUGAGGAAGAAAGAGGAGGAGACCGGUGGAAGAUUAACGAAUGAUUCGAAUUCGGUUUCGGGUUCGGCCAUGGAGGAUGAUGGGUUCCAAUUGGUUGGUGGGAAGAAGAAGAAAGCGGCGAGUCGGAACGAGAAUGAUUCGAAUCAAGAAUCGGGUGUUAAGGUCGCGACGAAAGAUAAGAAAAUGAUUGGGGCGAAGCCAAAAGUGCCGUUUCAUAUACCGACGAUUCGGAGACCUCAACAGGAGUUCAAUAUUUUUAUGAAUAAUUCGAACCAACCAUUUGAGCAUGUUUGGUUGCAGAGGAGUGAGGAUGGCCAGAGCUCUUUCCAUCCUUUGGAGGAGCUUUCUGUUUUGGAUUUUGUGGAUAAAGAUGUGCUGCACAUAGAGCCAGUAGAACCACCCUCGCUAGAGUCUACAUCAUUCAAGCUUGUGGAGGAAGUCAAAGAUCUGAAGGAACUGGUUGCUAAACUACGUGGUGCAAAUGAAUUUGCGGUUGAUUUGGAACAUAAUCAGUAUCGUUCUUUUCAAGGAUUGACUUGUUUGAUACAAAUUUCUACUAGAACUGAGGAUUUUGUAAUAGAUGCUUUGAAGCUUCGAAUUCAUAUUGGUCCAUACCUUAGGGAAGUUUUCAAGGACCCGGCAAAGAGAAAGGUGAUGCAUGGAGCAGAUCGAGAUAUUGUCUGGCUUCAACGAGAUUUUGGCAUUUACAUCUGCAAUUUGUUUGAUACUGGACAGGCUUCAAGGGUGUUGAAAUUGGAGAGGAAUAGUCUUGAAUAUCUUCUUCACCAUUUCUGUGGAGUCACUGCUAACAAAGAAUACCAAAAUGCAGAUUGGAGAUUGCGCCCCCUUCCUGAGGAGAUGCUCAGAUAUGCUAGAGAAGAUACGCACUAUCUGUUGCAUAUAUAUGAUUUGAUGAGAAUAGAAUUGUUCUCGAUGUCCAAAGAGUCUGAAUGCCCUAAUGCUUCUUUACUAGAGGUUUACAAGCGCAGUUAUGACAUAUGCAUGCAGCUUUAUGAGAAAGAGCUUCUGACCGAGGAUUCUUACCUCUAUAUAUAUGGCCUACAAAGUGCUGGUUUAAAUGCUCAGCAGCUUGCCAUUGUUGCAGGACUUUGUGAGUGGCGAGAUGUUGUUGCGCGCGCAGAAGAUGAAAGUACUGGUUAUAUAUUGCCAAACAAAACUCUCCUUGAAAUUGCCAAGCAGAUGCCUGAUGCUACCAGCAAGUUACGGCGGUUGGUCAAGUCAAAGCAUCCUUACAUUGAGCGUAAUCUUGGUUCUGUUGUUAGUAUCAUCAGGAAUUCAAUGCAAAAUGCUGGUGCAUUUGAGGCUGCUGAACAAUAUUUGAAAGAGGGACGCAUUGGAAAGGCAUCCGAAGAAAGUUUAGUACUCAAUGAUGAACUGGAAGCGAAUAAAACUGCAAGCAACAAUGAUUUAUCUGUAUCUUCAUCCACUUCUCGCUCAUCAGUGCUUGAGCAUGUUCCUUCAACAUUUGAAAAAGAUGGACCAGGAGGCUCUUCUGCGCAUCCUGGUGAAAUUGGCAAAGGCAAUAUUGGCAGUCAUGAUCCAGUGAUUCUUAAAGAGAGCCUCGCUGUUUCAGAGCAGAGAAAAGACGGAAGUACCAAUACCUCCUUUUCUGAUUCAGCAAAGAUCACUGGAGCAACCGUUCAGGUGAAGAAAAAGGCUAGUGGUGCUUUUGGUGCACUCCUGGGUAGUGCAAACACCAAAAAGAGGCUCAAUUCUGGUAACAAGACCAAGGAAGAGGUCAAGUUACAGCAAAUCAGAGCUUCAGUACAAUUUCCCUUCCAUUCAUUUUCUAGUAUUGGCGACCAGUCAAAACCAGUUGUAGAAGCACCUGUCACAGCCUCCAAAGUCCCACCACCUGCGGCGGCAUCACCUGCCAACUCGAAAUUGGAUGACGUCAUUAUGUUGCAAGAUGAUUUAGACGUUGAGGAAUCAAGAAAUGGUGAUUUAGGAACCUCAAAAGAUGACGACAAUGACAAUUUGGUGGCAUCUGCCUUGGGAACAGAUCGGGAAGAACCAAUGUCUCUCUCUGAUUUGUCUUCAAGCUUCCAACAAUGUUUUGAUUCAGACUAUCAGAAAAGGAAAGUAAGACAAGUAGAUAAACCUCGGGAAUCCAUCGGCUUGCAACUGAAGCCAUUUGACUAUGAAGCAGCAAGGAAACAGGUUGUAUUUGAAGAGAAUUCCAAAGAACUUGGGCCAGGUGAAAGACGUAUACGUGAUUUGAAGGUCAAGAAAAAAUCAGAUAAAAGUUGCACACCGAAAGAUGACGAAACAGGAGAGUUUGCACAAGGGAGGCGUCGGAAGGCUUUCCCCGCAACUGGGAACCGUAGUUCGACCUUUCGCUGAGGCCCUUUUGUAAACUGUAGUGUCAAGUCUUAGGAGGUUACUAGGCAGGGUUUUAGGCUCCCUUUGAUUAGUUUGAAAAAUAUUUGUUUGUCUAUUUAUCUAUCCUUCCAUGCAGCGCAGAAGCAGUAAAGCACAAGCAUAAUUUGCUGUGUUUAUGCUCUGAUUAAGUGGGGUUUGAGGUAUGGUGUUAAAGCCUACAUAUAUUCUAUAAAAGAUUCUCAAAUAUCCAAUUUCUAACGGGUACGCCUGAAGUUGGCUGCCACCUAUA